UGUUACUUUAUUUUGGUUUCAUUUUCUAAAGCGGAGUUUUAGGUUUCUGUAUGUACAAAACAAUGGCUUUGGGGGAUUGCUUUGACGUAUCCCCAGAAACGGAGAAAUUCCUCUGUGAGCGGUUGCUGGAUCAAAACCAACCGAUCUCGGAGCGUUUCAGAGCUCUUUUCUCACUUCGCAACCUUCGAGGUCCUGGUCCACGAGAGGCCCUUGUCUGCGCAACUAGGGAUCCUUCAAAUCUGCUUGCGCACGAGGCAGCAUUUGCACUAGGUCAAAUGCAAGAUAUUGAUGCUGUACCUGCUUUAGAAGCGGUUCUUAAGGAUCUCUCAUUACAUCCAAUUGUUCGGCAUGAGGCAGCAGAAGCUCUUGCUGCAAUUGGGCUGGAGAGUAAUAUUCCUCUGUUAAAGAAGAGCUUGGUGUCAGAUCCUGCAAAGGAGGUGCAAGAAACAUGUGAGCUAGCUCUCAAACGAAUUGAAGAGCAGAAGAAUAUUGAUAAUGUCAAUGAGACACCUGCAGUUUCUACAUCACCUUUUCUGUCUGUUGAUCCUGCCAAAGCUGCAUCUUGUAGUUCUUCUGUUGGUGAACUUAGGGAAGUUCUUCUGAAUGAAGAAAAAGACAUGUAUGAGCGAUAUGCCGCCCUUUUUGCCCUUCGAAAUCAUGGAGGAGAUGGAGCUGUGAGUGCUAUAAUAGAUUCAUUGGCUGCUAAAAGUGCUCUCUUGCGACAUGAGGUUGCUUAUGUCUUGGGCCAACUUCAGAAUAAAGCUGCUGCUGCUACACUGUCUCAGAUACUCAAAGAUGUUAAUGAGCACCCAAUGGUUAGACAUGAAGCUGCUGAAGCACUUGGAUCCAUUGCAGAUAAUACCAGUAUUGCGCUUCUUGUGGAAUUCACAAAGGAUCCUGAGCCAAUUGUUUCUCAGAGCUGUGAAGUUGCUCUAAGCAUGCUAGAAUUCGAAAGAUCUGGCAAAUCCUUUGAGUAUCUCUUCAUGCAGACACCUCAAGUGCAGUAGAAUACUUAUCAAAAGAAGUUUUUCCCAGCAAUGAUUUACACUAAGCAUCAAUCACCGAUUAUUAUGAUCUCACGGUUGGAUUUUGCCCUUAUGCUAUUGGUAUUCCAUUGACGACUAACCCAACCAGAAAGGCUGCAUUGUACAAUAAUUUAACACUAUCUUAAAAAAAAAAAAGGCCCAAGAAAAGAGCGAGUUCUUUUACU